CACAAAAAACUCGGCUGAUGACGUGUACACUCCUCCACCGUUAGCUAGUAAACUAGCUUAGCCACCUGUCAGAUCAAAGGUGGUUCGGGAAAGUGGUGAUAUAGGUAAAAGGAAAGCAAAGUGUAUCACUAUAUCGAUAAAAAUGGAGACGCUUUACCACCAAACAAACAAACAAAUCCAAGAGGUUCAAUCCUUAAUGGGAAACCUGGAGAGGACAGACCGUCAAUCAGUUCACUUGUUGGAGAACGAACUGCAGGCUAGAAUCGACCAGAUCUUCAAUCACUUAGAACGCCUUGAGAUCCUGGCCAGCAAGGAACCACCAAACCGCCGCCAGAAUGCCAAAUUGCGAGUGGACCAGCUGAAGUAUGAUGUUCAACACCUGCGAACUGCCCUACAAAACUUCCAACACAGACGCUAUGCCAGAGAGGCUCAGGAGAGAGAAAGGGAGGACCUCCUGAGCCGCACCUUCACAACAAAUGACGCAGAUACCUCCAUUCCCAUAGAUGAGACCCUGCAGUUAAACUCCAGCUUGCACAAUGCACACAGAGGCAUGGAUGACCUGCUGGGCAGCGGCUCCAGCAUCCUCAACGGCCUCAGAGAUCAGAGAUCUACUCUGAAGGGAACCCAUAAGAAGAUGCUGGAUGUGGCUAACAUGCUGGGGCUUUCUAACACAGUAAUGAGACUUAUAGAAAGGCGAGCCACCCAAGAUAAAUUCAUCAUGAUUGGAGGCAUGUUGUUGACUUGCAUCUUCAUGUUCCUGGUGAUCAGAUACCUCGGCUGACCACCAUCCACCCACAACCUAUCAGUCUUGGACAUUUCUAGAGGACAUCAUCCCACAUGAUAUGAAUUAUUAACAUUUAAGUAUUUUUUAUAAAUGGUGCCAUUAUCAUUUGUUUUCCUGAAACAGGUUUCCACCAUUAUAUUGUGGAUGUUUGCUAAAUGUUAAGGUUGAAUGAGACCUUAAAUAGAGGACAGUAUUUUACUCCUGUCUGCUGCUUUCACAGAUUUACUCCCAUCCACUCUUCUCAAAACCACUGUCAAAACUAAAUUAUUCUUCUAACUUGUCUUUUUUUUCUUCAAUAAAAAGCCCAUCUUGUUCUUUA